CUGAUCUACGACGUGGAGGGGCGGGAGUACGUAGUCCUGGACUUCUUCGGCGGCAUCGUGACCAUCAGCGUCGGCCACUGCAACGACAAGGUGGUGGCCGCCAUCCAGGAACAGACGCGCAAGGUCCAGCACACCUCGACCCUCUACCCCAACGAGCCGCACGUCCGUCUGGCCGAGAAGCUCGCGGCCAUCACCCCCGGGGCGCUGAAGCAGUCCUUCUUCACCAACAGCGGCACCGAGGCCAAUGAAACCGCGGUGCUGGUGGCGCAGCUCUACACCCGGUCCCAGGACGUCAUCGCGCUGCGCCACGGCUACAGCGGCCGUUCGCAACUGGCCAUGAGCCUCACCGGGCACUAUACGUGGCGGCUCAAUCCCACCGCGAGCCCGAACAUCCAUCACAUUCCCAAUGCCUACUGCUACCGCUGCCCGUUCGGGCUCACCUAUCCCAGUUGCGACCUCAAGUGCGCCAAGGACCUGGAAGGCGCGAUCCAGACCGCCACGUCGGGAAGGAUCGCCGCGUUCAUUGCCGAGCCGAUCCAGGGCGUGGGCGGGUUCAUCACCCCGCCCAAGGAGUACUUCCGGGAGGUCGCCGACAUCGUGCACAAGUACGGCGGCCUGUUCAUCUGUGACGAGGUCCAGACCGCAUGGGGCCGGACCGGCGGCAAGAUGUUCGGCAUCGAGCAGUGGGACGUGGAGCCGGACAUCAUGACCUUCGCCAAGGGCAUGGCCAACGGCGUGCCGUCGGAGGCACCAUCACCCGGCCGGAGAUCGCCGACAGCAUCAAGGGACUGUCCCUCUCCACCUUCGGCGGCAAUCCGGUGA